AUGUCGGAAAAGAUUAAAGAACAAUCAAUACUAAUAAAUUCACUCAAAGGGGAAGGCAUUGGUUUUCUAGAACAGAUAACACAACUAUGCGGAGCGCUUGAGGAUAAAGAGAGGGAACUGAUGAAGUUUAUGCAGCUAUACGAACAGAAAGCGAAUGAUGUUGCCCAAUACAUGCAAGAGGUAGGCCUUUUAAUCAAUCUUCCUCGUUAA